CAGUUCAAACAGCGAACACGAAAGGCAAGCUAGGAACAACGCGAAGGCAAGUCACAGCCGACCUUCCAGUACUUUCAAGAGGCUAAAUUUCAAGGUUUCUACAGGAAUGCCACCAAAACAGACUGCUAAAGUCGUGCUUAUCGGAGAUAGUGGAGUUGGGAAGUCUACUAUUCUAUCAUCAUACAGAGGAGAACGGUUCAAUCCUUGCUAUGUGCAAACUCGAGAGCGAGAAAUUAAGCAUGCCAUCGUACAAGUGGGAAAAGUAUCCAUAGACCUUCAAAUAUGGGACACACCUGGUAAUGACAAUUGCAGGACAAUCACAGCUGCAUAUAUGCAGGAAGAUGUGAAAGGAAUUAUAGUAGUGUUUGAUGUAACUUCUGAUGAUAGCUACUUUAAUGUGCAACACUGGAUCAAAACAGUCAAACAGUUUGCAGGAACUGAGAAUGUCAAGUUUGUGUUUGUUGGAAAUAAAAAUGAUAUGAGUGAAUGGGGAAGGAAAGUCUCACAGGAGUCUGGAGAACAUUUAGCAAGACAACACAAUGGUGUAUACAUUGAUGCAAGUGCAAAGACGAAACACAAUAUAGAUCAGAUAUUCAAAAAAAUGGCAGAAAGCAUCUUAAAUGUUGAAUUAGAUAUGCAUAGUACGUCUACCCGCGAGUCUGAAGUAGACGAUCUUAGCCAAUCGAACGGAGGAGUGGGUGAAGGAGGAGGCAAUGAAGGAAGGGGUGGGGGAGGGUUUCGUUGUACUGUUUUAUGAUGAUGUACAAAAUGAUAGAAUGGUUUUCCAAUGGCAUAUACAAUCUGAUAUAAACAUCAGGGUAAUUUAAUCAAUACAGUGAGUAAGAAAAGCGCGGGAAAAGUCACGUGCACAUAGUGAUUGGCUUCAACCUUUUUAGCUGAUUGGCAGAUAGGAUAAAAUGUCUAUUCUCUGAGUGGUUAGAAUCUGUCAGUUAUGUUGCACGGUUUUCUAAACCCAUGACAAAACUGAUAACUGCAAACGCCAAUUUAAAAUCAAACCAAAAACCGGCGAGGAAGGCCUUCGGAAAUCAUCUCUAUUGAAAAUUGAAUUUCAUAUAAACCGAAGAACCUCUGAUCAUGGGUCAAUUGCAUUCGCACGAGGCGUGCAGGUUUUGUCCAGAGAUUCGUGUUCGUUUCUGGGCAAAGUGAGAUCUAACACGCUGAAAAAGGAAUCUGAUUAUUAAAUGGAAUUUUACCGCAGUAGAACAUUUAUUACGUAUAUAUAAAAAAGAGAAGGUGAAAAAACCGUAAACUUCAAUUUUGUCUGCCAGUUUCGUGGGGGAUUAUUAUUGUCGAGUUAAAUUUGUGUCUCGAAAAAUGGUUGGUGUUAGUGUUGUUUUUUUUUUUUUAAUUAAAAUUGAACGUCACAAGGCGAAUGUGUAGACAAUAAAAGGCUUUCCAAAUGGCUUUUAUAUUUAUAGAAAGAAACGAAGCUCAGUGUGGGAAUUAAAUUGAUAACAGCGAGUAACUCCACAGGUAGCCUUUGGUAUCGUAAAACAUUUUGUCAACUUUUUUUUAAUAAUUAAAGACUAAUUCAAUUCUCUGA